AAAAAAUACCAGGAGUAUUUCAAACGCUAAACUAUAACUGCUUAUGUAUUGGCGCGACACAUUCGCAAGAUAGUUUUCCACUCCACUCACUAGACUUUCGAAAUUAUUUUUCAUACUGCAGCAUUGAAUUUAACAACAUGCCCGCGACAUCGGACAUUCACACACCACCGGCAGAUGGCUCGGAAACCGAGAAGACGUUGUCGGUCGCUCAGAAGGAGAAGUCCCCAGAGAAAGCUUCGUUUUCAUUAUUUUGUGAUGAGCGCGGCUAUCUGAAUCAGAUAGAAUAUAUUCUGCAGAGCGGGGUGCGGAAAGGCGACCGCACUGGAACUGGAGUUAUUUCUGUGUUCGGCUUACAAGCGAGGUACAGUUUACGGGACCAGUUUCCUUUGCUGACGACAAAGCGGGUGUUCUGGAAGGCCAUCCUGGAGGAACUGCUCUGGUUUAUUAAAGGCUCCACCAACGCCAAGGAGCUGUCUGAGAAGGGCGUGAAGAUCUGGGACGCCAACGGCUCUCGGGACUUCCUGGACCGCAGCGGCUUCCAGCACCGAGAGGAGGGAGACCUGGGGCCAGUGUACGGCUUCCAGUGGAGACACUACGGGGCAGAGUACACAGACAUGCACGCAGACUACGCAGGGAAAGGGGUGGACCAGCUGCAGAAGGUCAUCGACACCAUCAGAGCCAACCCAGAGGACCGACGCAUCAUCAUGUGUGCCUGGAACCCCAAAGACCUGCCCCUGAUGGCGCUGCCCCCGUGCCAUGCGCUGUGCCAGUUUUACGUGUGUGACGGUGAGCUGUCGUGCCAACUGUACCAGCGAUCGGGAGACAUGGGUCUGGGCGUGCCCUUCAACAUCGCCAGCUACGCCCUGCUCACCUACAUGAUCGCCCACAUCACAGGCCUCAAGCCUGGGGAUUUUGUUCACACUAUGGGUGACGCCCACAUCUACACCAACCACGUGGAGCCCCUCAAGGAACAGCUGAAGCGGGAGCCCCGAGCGUUCCCCAAGCUUCUGAUCCGUCGUGAGGUCCAGACCAUCGAUGAUUUCCGCUCAGAGGAUUUUGAGAUCCUUGACUACAACCCCCACCCCACUAUCAAGAUGGCCAUGGCGGUUUAACCACACACACACACACACACACACACACACACACACACACACACCUUUACCCUGUCUGGAGCUGUUCCUAUUGCCCUACUGUUAUAUCUGUGCUGUGCUGUCCUGCUUAUACAAUUAGCAUAAACUGUAAAUAAGAUGUUUCUAUUUGAUUAAUAAAAAUAAAAAAAAUUAAUGUUUAUUGUUUCAAA